AUGGCCCGAGAGAGUCUUUAUCUCGUCCUCUGGCUCGCCAGCGGCACAUGCCUGGCCUGGUCCCUCGCCCAAACCCUGUCGCUGCGUAUCGCCGGCCAUGCCCUCACGCCCUACGCCGCCUACUGCUCGCCGCCAUGGCUCGCCGUCAUGCUCGCCGCCGUCGUGCUCGUCGCGCGCGAGCGGCACCGCCAGCUGCGCAAGAUGCGCAUCCUCAAGACGCAGCCCGCCGCCGUCUUUCCGCACCGCGACCCCGUCCUGGGCCUCGACUGGGUACGCCUGAUGAAGGCGGCCCUGCGCUCCGACACGCUGCUCGAGACGUGGCAUGACCUCUUCACCAAGUCUGUCGCCAGGACCUUUUGGGUCAAUACCAUCGGAAGCUGGGUCCUCAUGACGUGCGACCCGGAUAAUAUCAAGGCUGUUCUCGCCGGCCAGUUCGAGACUUGGCCUGUCGGUGGUGUCCGGCAGCGAACCGUCUCCCUUGUCCUCGGUCCACACGCCAUCUUCUCCACCAACGCCGGCGAGUGGGCGCGCGCGCGGGCCCUGAUCCGGCCGAGCUUUAUGCGCAACCAGAUUGCCGACCUCGAGUGUACCGACCGCCACGUCGAGAACCUGCUGGCCAGGCUGUUGUCGCCGCCCCAUGGCGACAAGGUGGACUUGCAGGCCCUCUUUUAUAUGUUUACCAUGGAUACCUCGACCGACUUUAUGUUCGGCCACUCGACCGACAUGCUCGUCAAUCCAACCGAGGAAGCCGUCGAGUUCACAAAGGCCUUUGACUACGCCCUCCUGUCCGCCACCAGCCGCGCCCGCACCGGCUGGCUGUGGAUGCUGCUACCGGACAAGCGCUUCGACGAGUCCGUCACCCGGUGCCAGGCCUUUAUCGAUCAGCACGUGGCGGCGGCGCUGGCGCAGGACAAGGCCAAGGAGCGCCCCUACGUCUUCAUGAACGAGCUCGUCGACUCGGGCGCCUCGCACGAGCAGAUGACGGGCCAGCUGCUUGCCAUGAUCCUCGGCGGCCGCGACACGAGCGCCAGUACCAUGAGCAGCCUGUUCUGGGUGCUCGCCCGCCGGCCCGACGUCGUGUGCUGCCUCCGCCGCGAGCUGGCCGGCCUCGAGGGGCGGCGGCCGUCGUGGGAGGACCUCAAGGCGCUCAAGUAUCUGAAUAAUGUGCUCAAAGAAGCGCUGAGGCUCUGGCCCCCUGUCUCCUCGAACGCGCGAGUCGCCAAGAGAGACACGGUCCUCCCCAAGGGUGGCGGUCCGGAUGGCGAGUCGCCUCUGCUUGUCCCCAAGGGCACCGAGUGCCGCUUCAGCACCUACAGCCUGCAGCGGUGCGAGGACAUUUACGGCGAGGAGGCAAACGAGUUUCGCCCCGAGCGGUGGGACACGCUCCGGACAUCAUGGGAAUACAUCCCGUUCAGCGGAGGGCCUCGCAUCUGCAUAGGUCAGCAGUUUGCCCUCACCAUGAUGUCGUACCUCAUGGCACGUUUCUUUCAGGCCUUUGAGAGAAUUGAGGCCCGGGAUGGCCGUCCGAUGCUGCAAAAGACGAGCUCCACCAUGAGUCUGUCCAAUGGAUGCUGGGUGAGCCUGACACCGGCCUCGGAUGCAGCGGAGAAGCAGGAUUAG